AUGUCACAUAAGUUUGCUCGACGGACAUAUGGCCGCUCGAGAGCUGUGCCGAUCAAUGUUCCUUCAGCAACCACGGACCGCAAAAAUCGUACACUGUCGGAACCUGCCGCCACGCAGGCAGUCCCUUUGCCACCACCCCCAACACUGCCACCACCGUCCCGAUCAUCAAGCUGGACUUCGACCUCGGUCUCAACAUCCUCGUCAAGCUCGAGUUCGACAACCUCUCUACCCCACCGAGCAUCGGUCCCAGCAUCAAGCCUCUCUUCCUCCCAAGCAACCUCGGGGCUCCUCCCUUCGACCAUUUCACGACCACCUCCUGGCCGCUACAGCCUUCGGUCUGAAAGUGGACCCGCAUCCUCGGCCGAGACCUCUCUGUCUACCUCGGAUUCAGUAAUAGACUUAUACAGCGGCUACGGCGGCUUCUUCUGCUGUAGCUUCGAGGUCACAGGCGACGAGUUUGCAUAUUUUACCCAGGCGCGCAAGCGCGGUCUGCCGCUGCCCCGGGGACAAACUUAUGAGGAUCGUGUGGAGGAGCUUGUGCAGACUGCGAGGUUUCAACAGGUUGAGAUGGACUUUGCGGAGGGGAAGAUUCAAGAGGAAGAGAGGAAGAUGGAGAGCAUGGCAGUGAGUACGAAGGGAGGAAGAGGCAGCGGUAGCGGUAGCGGUAGCGGUAGUGGCGGCAGAAGAGGCAUUUCUGGCAAAGCGGGGAGGGUUAGUGGCCUCGCUCGCGAUUCGGACGCUGCUGCUUCUGGUUCGGCUUCAAGUUCGCACUCUAGUGGAGCGCGACCUGGUCGGAGGUGA